AUGUUUCAGCGAUUGCCUUUUUUUGCAAUUUCUCUGCCUGCCAAAUUUCGCAGAACAAAUCAUGGCAAGAUGAUGUAUGAUAAUCUGGUAAAAAAUAAAGACAGGCUGACAACGCCUUUUGACAUUCACGCUACCCUUAUGGAUCUCCUUCAGCUCCCAAAAGAUUUAAUCACUAUGCAAGACCCUAAGAAACGAUCUCUGUCACUCUUCCGUCCAAUUCCAGAAUCGCGCACUUGUGCACAGGCUGGCGUGGAUGCGCACUGGUGCACUUGCUUGAACUGGAAAAACGCCUUAAGCACUACCGAAGACAAAGAAAUAUCACGGAAGCUGGCUGUUGCCGUUGUAGACGUAAUCAACGGGCAGCUGAAAGAUGUGUCCCAUCUAUGUGCUACGCUCUCCUUACAGAAGCUUCUUGAUGCGAAAAAGCUAGUAUCGAACGAGAAUUUGCUGAAAUAUAAAAACGUAAAGGAUAAGGACGGCUUUGUUCCGGACUUGAGUGGAGACACCAAGAUUGCUUUCGCUCACUAUCAAAUCAAACUUCGAACUAAGCCAGGAAAUGCGAUUUAUGAGGUGUGUAAAAUACGAAAUACGAUCUUAACGAGAACUUAGUC